AUGUACAGGAGCUGUGGAAGUCAAGGAAGGACACAUCAGGAGGGAAACUGCGAUCAGAUUAAUGCGACUAACGGAAGUGGGAGCGGUGCAGUGGGCGGGCCAUUGCCUGGUCUAAUUGGCGCCACCAGUCCCUCAGUGAUGAUGAAACAAUUCCUGCCGUUUCCCAUGGAGACACCGUCACCAGUCGGACUCUUUCCAAACUUUAACACGAUGGAUCCAGUGCAGAAGGCUGUCAUCAAUCACACAUUUGGUGUUACCAUGGUACCCAAGAAGAAACAGGUCAUCUCCUGUAGUGUUUGCCAACUGAGAUUCAACUCUGAUUCUCAGGCAGAGGCUCAUUAUAGAGGCAGUCGCCAUGCUAAGAAGCUGAAGUCUCAGGAGAACAAGGCCAAAGCUAAGCUGUCGGGCACCCCAGAGACCAAUGGGAACAGCUGUGGUCCUGCUGGUUCGGUCCAUCCGCUUUCCUCCAACUGCAGUAACAGUCAGUGCACAGAACUACUAUCGAGCUCCAGAGACUCUCUGUCUUCUCCUAAAUCCUGCCUCCCCUCCUCCACCUCACCUCUUUCCUCCUCACCCUCUGCCAGCAGAGUCGGCAGUGAGCCUCCACCAUCAAGUCCACCCUCUGCUCUUCCUGCACCUGGCCUCUCAUCUUCUUCCUCAUCCUCUUCCUCCUCAAAAUCCUGCCCCGCAUCUUCAGUCAUCUCCUCCCCAUCCAGCGCUGCACCUCCUUCUCUAAAGACGACCUCCUCCUCCCAGGAAGCUCCUCUGUCGGUGGAGUCUGAGGAGGAGAAGGCAAAGAAGCUGCUGUACUGCUCUCUUUGUAAAGUUGCCGUCAACUCUCUGUCUCAGCUGGAGGCUCAUAAUGCAGGAUCAAAGCACAAAACAAUGCUGGAGGCUCGCAGUGGUGCAGGCCCAAUCAAAGCGUACCCACGACCAGGAGCCAAGCUGAAAAACGCCAACGGCUCAGUCCUGAAGGGCUCAGGCCUGCAGAACAAGACCUUCCACUGCCAGAUCUGUGACGUUCAUGUCAACUCUGAAAUACAGCUCAAACAGCACAUUUCAAGCAGAAGACACAAGGACAGAGUGGCAGGAAAACCCAGCAAACCCAAAUACAGCCCUUACAACAAGCAGCAGCGCAGCUCACUUACUAAGGAGCUGGUGAAGCCUUCCCUAUCUUCCUUUCUUUCCUCUUCUUUUCCUUCCCCAUCCUCCCCACUCCCAUCUUCCAUCUCCCUCCCUCCAUCAUCUCUUUCCUCCUCUGCUCUUCUCUCACCCACCUCCUCACCCCUCGCCCCAACCAUCUCCCUCCAUCCUCGCCCUCCGUCUUCCUCGUCCCUCUUCACUGCCUCCUUCCUGCGUCCAGCUCCUGGACCGAUCAGAACCAACCAAGGAUCCAUUCUCUUCACGCCCUACUGAUGUCAGCAAAAGCAGCAGGGAGUUGAACUAGCAACCACUGCCCCGCUGUUUGCUGCAGGUUCAACUGCUGCCUCGUCUUGCUCACCAGACUAAAUCUUCCCUCAGAAACAUGAACGGAUGACAUUGUCCUACUUCUGCCAGGGACAGAGACCAUCUGAUGGAGAGGGGAGGCUGUGUCUUUGAUGAAUCCACUCACUUGAAACUGAACUGAACCAGAGUGUGAAAAGCUCAAAGACGUACUGGGAAGAAGGAAAACUGUAUGCAGUUAUUGAAAAUUCAAAAAUAUCUACUGAGCAUUUUAAAGAAAGCAAUAAGUGUUAUCGAAAUGGGAAGAGAAAAAAAGAUCAUUCCUGUUUACUGUCCAUUUAACGGGGAAAGAAGUAGAGAAAAUCAGAUUUAAUGUUUUUGUAUUAUGAAUUAAUUGGAGCUGAUUGGCAUAAGAGGUCUCAUUUAAAAAAAAAAAAAAAAAAAAACUAUUUUCCAUCAAUGAAUACUAAAAAGAGCAUUUACUUUGAUGGGUUUUCUGGCAAAUAGCAAAAUUCAAACCAUAAGAUCCAUACAGUUACAUUCAUAAAUGGGGAUAUUGUUGUAAUUGUUUUACCUUUUAUCAAGGAACCGUCGGCCCAGCUUAUUUGUUAUAGUUCUUAAAACAAAAGUCAGUAUUGAUCGAGGUAAGAAUCAGACACAGAAUUCAGUAAUCUAAAUGUCAAAGCAGUGAAAACACCUUGCUAAUCCACAUAUUUUAGGUUUUUAUAUAAAGGUGGAAUAAAAACAAAACAAAAAAACAACCACUUAGAAACUAUUCUUCCUCCCACUGAGGACACAAACCUGCACAAAUAAGAUGUCACAAACCAAAAAGGCAACAAAGAAAACUACUGCUGUCCUUCUGUUAUCCCUCAGACAUUGCUGGUGGUGUGCUUCUUAACACUGAUCAUCCCAACAUUAUUAAAACCAAGAGUGAAGAAGACGGAUUUUUGUUUUGUUUUUCCUGAUACUCUGCUAAACUUGAUGUAACCCUUUCUAAUUUUGCAAUGCAAGUAAACUGAUGGUUUACUUCUGUUCUGUUAGGCGAGGAGCAAAUAAAACCAACUGGUAACCAGUGUCAUAUUAGCUUAAACUACAACAGCAGUGAAAGUAAUUUUCCUCCAGUAACAUACAUCUUCACAUAACAGGAAUCAAGCUAAUCUAUACUUUGAUGGGCGUCUCUCCUGGUAGUGGUGGUUUUCAAUAAGGGCAGAAAUGGUUCUCUGCCCUGGGCAGCAUACUACUGGGAGUGGCACAAUGACUCAAAGGUUCUGCAUUGAACUAAAGGGCUUAUUUCCCUUCCUGUCUGGAUUUAAUCUUUAUCUAUCCUUCGAGAUCUGGUCUAGCCUAAACUGGAUCGUUACAAACUAGAGGUUGUCCAAACCGACGUUUGAAGUUUAUGGCUUAAGUCUAUUUUUCAAUGGCCUGCAAAGCGGUAUCUUCGGGAUUUUUCUGUUCUGCAUCUGUAAUAGUUUUACAAAAACUGAAUCCAUCAUUUGAUAAAUUAACUGUGUUUAAUACA